AUGGAUAUGGACGCUCUUUGGGGCAUUGCAGCCAAAAUACCCGAAAAGGGUCCUCAAGCUGCAAAUCCGGUGACAUACCUUACCAUAAUCAAUGCGGUUCGACAGAAUCUGUUGUUGAAUCCACCAAAAGACGAGACGGCAGAUGAGAUUGCAGUACGGCGGGAACGCGGCAUCCUGGAAGCACGGCGAAUGUGGGAAGGCAUUGUCACCCGAUGGAGAAACGCAGAACUGAAGAUAGAUGAGGAGCUUGUUUGCGCGAUGGCGAGACUGCUGCUCAUUGGGAGCCGGCCGCGAGAUUGGGACGACGUGCUCUCUCUCGUUGAGCAGACUAUGGACAUACCACGACUUGUACCCCAACUGGGCACGGCUGAGCACAAAAAGGCUGGGCUUGCAGGUAUACGCGCUCCAAGUACCCCAGCGCACCUACGAGACGACCAAGAGCUUCUAGCCCCCGGCGAGAGUCCUUCUCGAGGCGACGAGUUCCUCGCUUUGACCCCACAUGCUGUCGCGCGUGCAGUAUCCAGUCCGCUGACAUACGCGCGGCCGGGCAACAACACGCUAUCGGUGAUACAGGAAGCCUGCCAGAAGCUUGUGUCGAACAAAGCGGCGCAAGAGUACUGGGAUCUGCUGACCGAUCCGACAACUUACGACAUUGCACCUGAUCUCAACAACCUCCACACGCGUUUGCGCAACCUGCGCCAAAACCGAGCUUCGGCGGCUGUAGUCGCUGUUCUGAGAGAUGAUAUGCUCGCCAAAGACGUAAUACCAAAGCCAGGCACAUUUAGAAUUGCAAUGAGCACCUGCAUUCGCGACAAGAACAACCACAAUUCGCUUAGAAAUGCUGGCGAGAUACUGCAGAUCAUGCUCAAGACGCUGGCAGACGUGGAUUCUAAGGCUGCGGGAUUAUACGCUGAGCUUGCGGUAACCCAUCCCCUCGCCAAGGGUGAAGACCUUGUGGAUGCUCUGACGCUUUUGAAUCCGAUUCUAAGGAAUCUACGCUUGCAACUUGGUGUUGGCGGGGCCCGGCCAGGAAAUCGUGUUGGUGCAACAUAUCUCCGAGGUGAAGAGCGACAAGAUGCCAUUGGCGCGUUGCGGAAAAUCUAUGCAGUAUACGACAGGUUACUGGAGUCGAAUAUGCUAGAGGAAAGUAAGCAGAAGCCUUUUAAGGAAGCAAGAGCAAGGCUAUCAAGCUUCAUCCAGAGAUUGAUGUUUAAAGAACUGGGUGGAAAGCCGCGUCCGAGGGUUUCGAAGGCGAAUGAGGAGGAUGUUGAAGCGUCUGUUGAUGAUGUGGAUCCUCACGCCUAUUUGAAGUACGAAGAAGAGGCCCUUGAUCAGAGAGAUGAGAAGGACAGCUCAAGGAAACAAAGAGCAAAGCCAGCGGCGAGGGGGUACUGGUUGGACGCAAGAGUCCAACUACAACAACCCGCAAAUAUGGGUAACGACGGCGGCUCAAUCCCCAAGCGUAGCGAACUCGUCAAAGAAGCCGCAAAGGCCCUGACCUCCGCGCAACUCAAAGAGGCGCAAAACGAACAGCAAGAGUACGGCUGGACCACCGACCCGCUCACGCGCAAACCCCUCGCCGCACCCGUCGUCAGCGAUGCCGCCGGCGUGCUCUACAAUAAAGACUCCAUCAUCGAGUACCUGCUCAAAGAAGACGGGCCUGAGAAGACGGAAAUGGGCAAAGUCGCGGGCGUAAAGGGCACGGUGGAAGGUGGGUUUGUCGAGCUGGGCAAUUUUGGCGAGCGCGUCAAGGGCCUGAAGGACGUUGUCGAGGUCAAGUUUGAAGUCGGCGAGGGCGAGAGGGAACUUGGUGGUAGGGGCGAGAAGUGGGUUUGUCCGAUUACGGGCAAGGAAUUGGGGCUGGGCGCGAAGGCAGUGUAUAUUGUUCCCUGUGGGCAUGCGUUUGUGGGGAGUGUGGUGAGGGAAGUCGCGGGGAGUGCGUGCUUGACGUGCAAUGAGGCGUAUGCGGAGAACGAUGUUAUACCCAUUCUACCUACUUUACCGACCGACAUCGCGCGCCUGAAUCUUCGAUUAAAGACGCUCAGAGAGAAGGGGCUCACACAUGCGCUGAAGAAGGCGCCGGGGAGCAAGAAGCGGAAGAAGGGCGCAGAUGGAGAAGAGAAGAAGAAAGCUUCGGACGAGGAGAAGGCGAAGAAGGCACAGUCAGUGGAUAAUGGCAUCAAGAAUGCGUCUACGGCGUCACUUACGCAGAAAGUUAUGAAAGAGCAGGAAGAGAGGAAUAAGAGGAGGAAGAUGGCGGAGAAUGCGAAUGUGAAGAGCUUGUUUAAUACAAGUGAUCACAAGCCCGAUAUGAAGAAGAGUGCGGAUUAUAUGACGAGAGGGUUCAGCAUUGGGAAGAAGUGA